CGAAAAUGGAGCUCGGUGGGAAUUAGCUUCGAGUCCCCGCCGCUAACCGUUUGGAGAAAUGAUCCACCGGCAGCUCGUUUUAUCCCAGAACUUGUACCAGAGUCGGUUCCUGGGCCUGGCGGCCAUGGCGUCCCCGACCCGCAGCAGCCAGAACCGCCAGCGCUGCAAGGACGCGGUCCGCCACAGCUACGGCCCGGACAGCUACGCCGCCGCCGCCGUCGACCAGCAGGACUUCACGCUGGGGCUGCCGCGGUCCACCAGCGACGCCGACCUGGUCUCCCCGGACGCUCGCUCCACCCUCGCCCUCAGCUCCUCCCACUACACCGUCGGCCAGUCGGAAGACCUGGUGGUCACGUGGGACAUCAAGGAGGAAGUGGACGCCGGGGACUGGAUCGGCAUGUACCUCGUCGAUGAGGCGUUGUCUGAGAACUUCCUGGACUACAAGAACCGAGGCAUCAACGGAUCCCACCGGGGGCAGAUCGUCUGGAAGAUCGACUCCGGCUCCAACUUCAGGGACUCGGAGACCCGGGUGUGCUUCAGGUACUACCACGGCGUCACCGGAGCUCUGAGGGCCACCACGCCCAGCAUCACCAUCAAGAAGAGCCCGGCUCAUGUUUUGAAGCCGGUGGUCAGUCCUGAGGUGAACCAUGGGUUGGGCAACCGGAGGCUCAUCAACUUCUCCUUGUCAGACCUGCAGGCCGUGGGCCUGAAGAAGGGCAUGUUCUUCAACCCCGACCCCUACCUGAAGCUCUCCAUCCAGCCCGGCAAGCACAGCAUCUUCCCCUCACUGCAGCACCACGGCCAGGAGGACCGCUCUGGGGUGGUGAGCAACACGGUGAACCCCCAGUGGAGCACGGAGAGGUUCUCCUUCGUGUCUCUGCCCACGGACGUCCUGGAGAUCGAGGUGAAGGACAAGUUCGCCAAGAGUCGGCCGAUCAUCAAGCGUUUCCUCGGGAAGCUCGCCGUCCCCGUGCAGAGGCUGCUGGAGAAGCACGCCAUCGGGGAUCGGGUGGUGAGCUACUCUCUGGCCCGCCGGCUGCCCACGGACCACGUCUGCGGUCAUCUGCAGUUCCGCUUCGAGCUGACGACCUCCAUUCACCCAGAUGACGAGGAGAUCUCCCUGGUGAUGGAGGCAGCCGGUCCUGAGGCGGGCGACGCCGCCGCCGACAGCCACGCCCACGCCGCCGACGCACACGACGACGACACGCUGAGCGUGGGACCCGACAUGCCCGACCUCCCCCUGGACGCCCCCCACGACCCCGAGACCUCGCCGCCGCCGACGGACACCCCCCGACCGGAGGAGGAGGAGGAGCCACUUCCUGCCGAGACGGCGGAGCGAGAAGCUGUUGCGGAGGAGGAAGAUGGGAGCACAGUGAGGGAGGAGCCACAGGUGGAACGGGAGGAGGAGGAGGAGGCGGCGGCGGCGGCCCCGGGUGAACAGCAGGAGGAGAGCGGUGGAGAUGGGGGAGGAGGGGAGGAGGAGGAGCCACAAGCUGAGGAGGAGGCGGCAGUAGAAGAAGAAGAGGAGACGCAGCCAAAGCCAGAUUCCGACAUUCCCGCCGAGCUCUGUGAAGGGGCCCCCCCGCAGGAGGUGCCGGAGGCAGAGGGCGGAGGCGGCGGUGGCGGCGUCCCCUCCUGCGCCUGCCAGUCCCUCUUCGUGAACUACAACUCCCACGCCGCUGCCCCCCCGCCCGCCCGCCGCAAGAACCGCCCCUGCUCGCUGCCGGUGUCGGAGCUGGAGACGGUGAUCGCGUCGGCCUGUGGCGAGCCGGAGACGCCGCGGUCCCACUACAUCCGGAUCCACCACCUCCUCCACAGCCUCCCCUCGGCCCAGCACCGCAGCCUGAGCCAGGAGGAGGAGCCCGAGAGCGGCGAGGGAGAGAACACCACCCCCACGUCGCCCACGCUGAAAACCUCCAAAGAGGAGGAGGGGCAGGAGGAGGAGGAGGACGACGACACAACACACUCCCCCUCGCAGGUCCCAGAGUGUCCGGGUCCGUGCUGCCGCCGCUCGCUACCGCGCAGCCUCUCCAUCGAGCGUCUCUCUGAGCUCAACCAGCUCCUGGAGGGCGAUGGAGAUGGAGGAGGAGGAGGAGGAGGAGGAGGACACACAGCCGUCAGGAGGAUCUCCCCCUCCUGCCUGGAGAGCGAGGAGGGCGAUUCCAGCAACGGAGGAGGAGGCGGGAGGAGGGUCGGCGGCAGCACCCACAGGCACCCGGGCGAGACCGAGUGCGAGUUCUGCGACACCUCAUGCUACAGCACCUCCUGCUACAGCACCUCCUGCUACAGCACCUCCUGCUACAGCAACUCGGGCUACGAGGGGAGGGGCCGCUUCUGCAGCCACACCCGCCUCUCCUCGGUGGACAGCAACCGGCUGUCGGGCAGCACCGUGUUCUCCUCCCAGGACGAGGACGAGGAGGAGGAGAGCGCCUUCGAGUCGGCGCCGGAUGCCGCCGGGCGCCGGGCGCCGGAGGGCCAGGAGGAGGAGGUGGGCGGGGCCGGAGGAGAGAGGAGGGCGGGGCGGUUGAAGGAGGCCGGGAGCGGAGAGGAGGCAGAGCCGGCCGUGGCGGGGCCCAGCGAUGGGAACACCGGCUCCUCCCCUCCUGGCGGCCACCCUCCGGUGCUGCGGCCCAGCCAUGACCUAAACCAUUUUCCUGCCGCCACUGACCAAGCCUUACCUCCAGACUGGGAAGCUCGCAUCGACAGCCACGGCCGAGUCUUCUACGUGGACCACGUGAACCGGACCACCACCUGGCAGAGGCCGGUCCACAGCGGCAAGUGCAGCCACAGCAUCCCGCGGUCCGGCUCCACGCAGCAGAUGGAGCAGCUCAACAGGAGGUACGAGAACAUCCAGAGGACCAUGGCCAGGGAGGACGAGGGGGGGGGCGGCAGCCCCCGCCUGGAGCGCAGCAGCAGCACGGACACCGAGUGUGACGCUCCCCCGACAGGCCCCGCCUCCCCCGUCAACCACCAGAAGAUCAGCCAUCUCCUCCAGUCGCCCGCCGUCAAGUUCAUCACACACCCAGAGUUCUUCACCGUACUGCACAGUAACUAUGCCGCCUACCGGAUGUUCACCAGCAGCAGCUGUGUGAAGCACAUGAUCCUGAAGGUGCGGCGCGACGCCAGGAACUUUGAGCGCUACCAACACAACCGGGACCUGGUGGUGUUCCUGAACCGGUUCACGGACCCCCAGCUGGAGCUGCCCCGGGGCUGGGAGAUCAAGACCGACCCCCAGGGCAAGUCCUUCUUCGUGGACCACAACAGUCGAGCCACGACCUUCAUCGACCCCCGCAUCCCGCUGCAGAACGGCCGUCUGCCCGGCCACCUCGCUCACCGGCAGCACCUGCAGAGGCUACGCAGCUACAGCGCCGGGGAGGCCUCGGACGUGUCCAGGAGUCGGGGCGCUUCUCUGAUGACGAGGCCCGGCAACAGCCUGGUGGCCGCCAUACGCAGCCAGCACAACGGCUCACUGGGCGCUCCAUCCUACAACGAUAAGAUCGUGGCAUUCCUCCGACAGCCCAACGUGUUCGACAUGCUGCAGGACAGACAGCCGAGCCUCAGCAGGAACCACCCACUGAGGGAGAAGAUCCACUACCUGCAGACAGAAGGUACUCAGGGGGUGGAGAAGCUGUCAUGUGACGCCGACCUCGUCAUCCUGUUGAGUCUGUUCGAGGAGGACAUCAUGUCUUACGUGCCUCCCCCCCCCGUCCACCCCGGCUUCGGCAUCUCUCCUCGCUGCUCCCCCGCCUCCUCGCCACAGAACUCUCCGGGCCUGCAGAGGGCGAGGGCUCCGGCUCCUUACCGCAGAGACUUUGAAGCCAAACUGAGAAACUUCUACAGGAAGUUGGAAGCUAAGGGCUACGGCCAGGGCCCGGGCAAGAUCAAGCUGCUGAUCAGGCGGGAACACCUGCUGGAGGGAACCUUCAACCAGGUGAUGGUGUACUCCCGCAAAGAGCUGCAGAGGAACAAACUCUACGUCAGCUUCCUGGGGGAGGAGGGGUUGGACUACAGCGGCCCGUCCAGGGAGUUCUUCUUCCUCUUGUCUCAGGAGCUGUUCAACCCGUACUACGGCCUGUUUGAAUACUCGGCCAACGACACCUACACCGUUCAGAUCAGCCCCAUGUCGGCCUUCGUUGAGAACCACCUGGAUUGGUUCCGCUUCAGUGGGCGUGUCCUCGGUCUGGCUCUGAUCCAUCAGUACCUGCUGGACGCGUUCUUCACCAGACCGUUCUACAAGGCCCUGCUGCGGCUGUCCACAGACCUGUCUGACCUGGAGUACCUGGACGAGGAGUUCCACCAGUCGCUGCAGUGGAUGAAGGACAACGACAUCACCGACAUCCUGGACCUCACCUUCACCGUCAACGAGGAGGUGUUCGGCCAGGUGACGGAGCGGGAGCUGAAGUCGGGCGGCUCCAACCUCCAGGUGACGGAGAAGAACAAGAAGGACUACAUCGAGCGCAUGGCCAGGUGGAGGGUGGAGCGGGGGGUGGUGCAGCAGACGGAGGCGCUGGUCAGAGGCUUCUACGAGGUGGUGGACUCCAGGCUGGUGUCGGUGUUCGACGCCCGAGAGCUGGAGCUGGUGAUCGCCGGCACGGUGGAGAUCGACCUCGUCGACUGGAGGAGCCACACCGAGUACCGGGGAGGUUACCAUGAGGGCCACAUCGUGAUGCGCUGGUUCUGGGCGGCCGUGGAGCGCUUCAACAACGAGCAGCGGCUCCGCCUCCUGCAGUUCGUCACGGGCACGUCCAGCGUGCCCUACGAGGGCUUCGCCGCGCUGCGCGGCUCCAACGGCCUGCGCCGCUUCUGCAUCGAGAAGUGGGGCAAAGUCACGUCGCUGCCCAGGGCUCACACCUGUUUCAACCGCCUGGACCUGCCUCCGUACCCGUCGCACACCAUGCUGUAUGAGAAGCUGCUGAUCGCGGUGGAGGAAACCAGCACCUUUGGGCUGGAGUGAGCCGCUGCAGACUGGAUCCCUCGAUGUGGGACACCGGCUGGGCAAGACAACAAGCAUCCCUCGGGGGCUCGAUGCGUCGUGAGGAGAGCGAGGUUGUACUCGACGCGUGUCGUGUGGAGAUAUGUCACCGCUGUGUGUUAGCGUCUCUCACUUAGCUACGAGGACCCAGCACUUACAGUCCAGCUAUAGCACUGUAAAUAAUAACUUUACAUACAAUCUAAUACAAGAACUAUGGCCACCGAAGACUUCUAAGUACUUCACAUGAAGGAGUUAAGUGAUACAUGAUAGUACAACAGCUAUAGUGUGCUCUUCUACAGUAAAGACCAGGAGAAACAGAACAAAUACAGAACAAAUGGAGUCAGAAAAGUAUUCGAGAUAUAGACCGAGACAAAGACAUGAACAGAAAUAAUAAUACAAACACUUCAAAGGGUCAGAAGACUCUCUACAUGUGGCUUUAAAGAAGUGGUUCAAAGUAUGAUGCAGAUUUUAAAGAAAGCUCCCUGGAUGGAUGCACACUCUGGCAGCCCUGAAGCCAAAGGAACAAGUAGGUCUGGUCUUUAAUCUGGAGAGCUACAAGGAUGAUUAUAUUUUUGGAUCAGGACCCUGGUGGGCCAGUAGGAUCCUGCCUGAGACUGGGAUCUGGCACGUAAAAACUUUAAAUAAAUGUGAUGUAGCUUGUGCCAGAAGCCAUCAUGUUCAAGGCCUCAGGGUGAUCAGAAGAACCUUACAAUCAAACCUAAAACUGGAACCAAUGUCAAAAAAAGCUUGAUUAUAGACAGUAGAUCCUUUCUGUUGGCUCCAGGCAAAGCUGCAGAACAGGAGAUAGAAGGAUGGAUUACUUGUUCUCGUCCACUUAGAAUAUGGGUUCAAGAAAUCACGGCAAAAGAUGGACGUUAAAGAAUGAUGCACUUUGCAAGGUGGUUAAGAAGACAGGCUCAAGCUGUCGGGAUCACAACGUUUUAUUGGCAGAAACAUCGAAACAUAAAAGCAAAACAAUAUACGUUUGAAGAUAGUCAAGAACGUCUCGUUCAUUAAGAAUGGAAUCGGGCCCACAUCUGAUCCCUGAGGAACAUGCUCCAUGGACCUGGACUUGGAAAGCGCUUUUCUAGUUUUCCGACCACUCAAAGCGCUUUAACACAACAUGACAUCAUUCAUACGCUGAUGGGCGGGGCUAAGGUUUCACCGACCAAUCAGCAGUAACUAACAUUGACACACAGCUAUGGGAGCGAUUUUGGGGUUAAUUGACAUCACAUAAAGAUUUCCAAGAGAUUAUAAAAAUGAUUUGCUGGGGAAAUAGGAGCUGGAGCACAGGAGGGAUCCAUCAAUGCCUAUAAUAUUCAAGCCAACCAUAUAUAUCAUCUUGUUAUACUCUCAGAUAACUCAAGCAAUUAAUUCUGUUCUUCUUCUUUCAAGCAAUGUCCAACGUCUUCUCUAGUAGAGAGACAAGAGAAGUGCUAAAAGUAUUUAUUUUGCUUGGUCUGGCACACUGGGACUGGGGAACGAAUAAUAUAGGGAGCUUCAUUAAUAAUGAACCUCUGGUUUGAUUUCGAUCGAGUCCACAGACAGAGAUUCCAGGUAGCGGGUGUGGUAUAUCCCUUUAAAUAGGUGGUUCUGAUGGGCAGGAGAGACUCAACAACCAUUACAAUAUUCUGUCCAGUUUGUAUACUCAAGAAGUAUUGGUAUCGUCCAGAAGGGCCGAUAUGGACCUGCAGCAUACCCCUCUGGUUCAGUCCAGAGUGGGCUCAGCAUCCGAGCCGAGGCCUUUGUUCUGUUACCACACAGAACUCCAACAGUCUCUCCGAGAUUUCUCGCUCUGCAAGCGGCGUCACGCCUCCUCCAUCCAAGUCGCCAUCGAUUCCAACACAAGGGCUUCUGGGAUCCCAUCCGUGGAGACCGAGGGGCGAUCUUACCGGACCAAGCAACCCAAGGAACUGGUCCUGUCUCGUGGCAAAGGGGACGAUCUGUGACUCCUUCUGGGCCAUUGCCUCCACUGAUGACCUCGUUCCCUCUGACUGUGGACCUUCACCAUCUUUGCACGGAGCAGGACUCCAGUACCUCAAACAACGAUGCAGCAUGCCGGUCUCCCGAGGACCUGGGAUCAUAGGCCCGGUCCAGUCCUCCUUCCGGUGGAUACCUGUGAUGUGCACGGGGGCCCUUGGACAAACCAGUGUCAUAUAUGCAAUAGUCAAGACCUUUACUGCGAUGUGUUCCAGUCUCCCGCGUCCUUUCAGCCAAUCCCUCGUCUCCAACUCUGGUCCAGUGACGGCCCUGUGCCCGACGCUCGGCCCGAGGGCCGCGGGACUCACGCGUUAGACCUCGAGCCGGACGAGAGGAAGGUCCUGACUCCAGAUGUUUGCCUUGGUUCUUUUUUGAAAACCCUCUGCAUGUCCUCCCAGUGGCCGUGUGCGUCAAACACAAGUCAGGUUCGUUGGAGACUCCGCCCAUUCACACGUAGCCACCUCAUGCGUCUCGGGCCGACAGCUCUCUGACAGCAAACAAGCCAAGUCUACAUGCAACCGAGGAGCAUUCGAGCUGGGUACCCAUACAUUCUAGCCAGAUGUUGAAAAGGUAUACAAGCGUUCAUCUCUAAAAGCCGUAUUUAUUAUCUGUACUCUAACUCGGUGUGAAUGUGAGGUUUGUGAUGGCCGCUGUUGGAUGAUUGAGGGGUUCUCCACUGGUCGUACACCCCAACGUGUGUUUACAGG